AAAACCUUUUCUGGAAACAGUAACUUGAAGACACACAUGAGAAUUCACACAGGAGUAAAACCUUUCACUUGUUCAACCUGUGGAAAGAGUUUCAAUGAAAGAGGGACUUUAACUAAACAUAUGAGAAUUCACACAGGUGAGAAGCCUUUCACUUGUUCAACCUGUGGAAAGAGUUUCAGUGACAGAGGGACUUUAACUUGGCAUAUGAGAAUUCACACAGGUGAAAAUCCUUUCUCAUGUGGGACUUGUGGAAAGAGUUACAGACAAAAAACGACUUUAACUAAGCAUAUGAGAAUUCACACAGGUGAGAAGCCUUUCACUUGUUCAACCUGUGGAAAGAGUUUCAGUGUAAAAGCGAAUUUAACUGCGCAUAUGAGAAUUCAUACAGGUGAGAAGCCUUUCUCAUGUGGGACUUGUGGAAAGAGUUACAGACAAAAAACGACUUUAACUAGGCAUAUGAGAAUUCACACAGGUGAGAAGCCUUUCAUUUGUUCAACCUGUGGAAAGAGUUUCAGUGACAGAGUUACUUUAACUCGGCAUAUGAGAAGUCACACAGGUGAGAAGCCUUUCUGGUGUGAGACCUGUGGAAAGAGUUUCAGUGUCAGAGGGACUUUAACUCGGCAUAUGAGAAUUCAUACAGGUGAGAAGCCUUUCUCAUGUGGGACCUGUGGAAAGAGUUUCAGGAUAAACAGUAAUUUGAAGAGACACAUGAGAACUCACACAGGAGUAAAACCUUUCACUUGUUCAACCUGUGGAAAGAGUUUCAGUGAAGGAGGGACUUUAACUCGGCAUAUGAGAAUUCAUACAGGUGAGAAGCCUUUCACUUGUUCAACCUGUGGAAAGAGUUUCAGUGUAAAAACAAAUUUAACUAGGCAUAUGAGAAUUCACACAGCUGAGAAGCCUUUCUCAUGUGGGACUUGUGGAAAGAGUUUCAUUGUUAAAGGGAUUUUAACUCGGCAUAUGAGAAUUCAUACAGGUGAGAAGCCUUUCUCAUGUGGGACCUGU